GGUCACGUGAGUGACUCCGGAUGCAACACAAUGACGACGAAUUCGAACUGGUGUGUGUUUAAAGAACCACGAGGAUUCGUGAAGCUACUAGAGCUGACUCUCUGUGUGGCCGCAUUAGCCGUAUUCUCGACCUACACCGGCACCGGAAGUUUGACUGUGUAUGCGAAAAAUUCCACGGCCGCUCACGCCACGCCCACCUCAUAUGCAUUCACUGUUGAGUAUUGGUUUACUGCCAGUGAGUACAAGUUUGAACCGAACGUUGGAGGAAUCAUUGGCACGGAUGAAUAUCAGAUUCAUGCUGAAUUUUACAGUGGUGUUGGUGUCUUGGCGUUUUUCUAUGUGCUGGGGAUUGGAGUUUGCUAUUUGUUCUUGGAGGCGAGACUGAGCAGACACAAGCUGACAAGAUAUUUUCAAGUGGACUUUCUAUUUACUCUGGUUGUUGCCAUACUUUGGUUAGCAGCCACAGCAGUUUGGACACAGGGAGCAGUGGGAGUUCAAGACACAGUCAAUGACACAUUCCAACGUGUUCAAUCAUAUCUCAACUGUACGACAUCGUCUACAUCAUAUGUGAGAACCUGUAACACCAACAAGCCUUCAUAUGGAAAACUGUGGGGCACAGUGGCUUUCGGAUUUCUCAAUGUGUUCUUGUGGGGGUUCAAUGGUUGGUUCACAUUUAAAGAGACGCCUUGGUUUACAAGCAAGAUGGGAAAGACAUCUGCCAAGGACAGGCUACCGGCUGUUUAACUAGGUUGCUUGAAUAGGUUCAGAUGAGGUAAUUGACUGGCUUUAUAAUGUAUUGGAGUAAUGAUGACGACGUAUCAAAAUAAUUAAUUUCCUCUUUUGCUGUGACAGACUGGCAGAUGAAUGUGUAGCUAACAUUUAGAGUUUAGUGAAAUUUUUGUUUGACAUGUAAAGGUUGGAUAUUUUUAGAACCCUUUUUGAUGACAGUCUUUAAUCAUGGAAUGGCCAAUGUAUGUGUUUAGGUGUGUGUGUUUGUGUGUGUGUGUGUGUGUGUGUGUGUGUGUGUGUGUGUGUGUGUGUGUGUGUGUGUGUGUGUGUGUGUGUGUGUGUAGCAAACAUAUUUGAGUAGUCAGACCUAACGCGCGCUAAAAAGCGUGGUUGUGUUGCCUGACAAAGCACAACUAACGCGCGCUAUUUUUUAAAAUUUUAGAUUAUAAUUAAUUAUAAUUUAUUUAUAUGUACCAAAAGUUUUUAGUUUAUGUUCUGACUGUGUCACAAACUAGUCAUGGACAACCUGAAGAUCCAUACUUUUUAUGCUAGAUUUACUCUGAAUACAGAUAUUUAUAAAUAAUAUAUUUAAUCAUUUAUACCUAAACCGGAAGUUGCGGCAAUCACUCGCUGGCUAAAUUCAAUUUUCCAAAACUGGUUGGACUAUGGCCCAACCCUCUCCUAUGCCCCAUAACUAAUCAUUGAUUUUGAAACACCAGCAGUACUAUAUAUCUAUAGUAUAUAUAAGUACUAUAUAUAAGUACUAUACAGCAGUACUUGU